ACGUCCGGGUGUUGUUAUCAAAUAAAUAUUUUGGAAAUACAUCUAUCUAAUACGUCUGUCAACCCCCUUGAGUAACAAGAUACAUAUAGAUUUGGUCAAAAUGUGUCGGAUACGUAGUGCUGCUAAUGUAUUCGCAUUUAUUGGGUCACGAAAGGGCUGUCAUCCAUCUGAGCCAAAUCGCUUACUACUUACUUCUAACUACACGGUCUUGUUAAUCAGUUUUCGUAGCUUGGUUGACAGAUGACCGGAAAUUGCCAGGUUUAUAGCUAGAUGUAAUGAAUUAGGGCUAAUAGUAGGCCUACUGCCAAACCUGAAAUGGUAUGAAUAUGAAUAACAAUACUUACUCUUGGGGUCUUAGGUUAAGAUAUUCUAGAAAAGAAUGACCAAAGAUGACGAAAAUACUGUUAGUUCAUCAGACAUGGUUAUGGUUGGCAUACCAGUUACCUAUGUCACAUCUUCGACGCAAGGGACACAACUUUUUGCAAAUCCAACUGUUAAAUCAGAAUUGUUAGAAAACAAUACAUCUGACCUAGUCAAUCCAGGAACAGUACUGACAACAUUGAAUUCAAACCAUUCCACAUUGCAGAGUCUUCUUGCCACACCAAUAAACAAUCCAGUUUAUAACUCAUUAGAUCAAAUACAAAUUAUUACAGUCAAUACACCAUCAGAUCUAUUGGCUGGUGGUUUUACUGAUGGAACAGGUCGAUUACUUCAAGUAUUACCCAGUGGGCUGGGAACAGGUUCCGAAUAUGCUACUAUUAUUGCAGUUCAAGACCCCUCUGAGUAUUUACAGUUAAAAGAUGACACAACAGAUAUUACUGAAAAUUCUGAAAUGGUAGAAUCUCUAGUAUCAGCAGAUGGUGUAUCAACAGAAUUAAGUAAUGUUGUAUCAAGUGAAUCUGUAGCUCAGAUACUGAUGCCCCCUCCCCCUCCUCCUGUCACUAGUCAACAGGUAGAAUUACCACCUGAUUGUCCAUCUUGGGCUGCACGACUCAAAGACUGUGAGAAAAUUGGUGAUUCUUACCGUGGUUAUGUGGAAAGUGAAGUAGAUUUAGAUCUUUUAUUAACAUAUCAUAAACAACAAACUCAGAGUUUCUGGGGUACACGACAAUCACCUAGUCCAGGAAAACCAUCAACAAGACUCAUGUGGAAAUCGCAAUAUGUUCCUUUCGAUGGCAUUCCUUUUGUUAAUACAGGUAGCAGAGCUGUUGUUCAAGAAUGUCAGUAUGGUCCUAGAAGAAAGGGAAAUUGUAAAUCUAAAGGAGACCCAGAUACAAGAAAAUUUAAGCAAACAUGUCCAGCUAGAAUAUACGUAAAAAAGGUCAGAAAAUUUCCAGAAUUUGCUGUCGAUUUUCUGUAUCUUGAUAAGAAGUCUUUGAAAGCUGCAAUGGAUAGAGCAUUUCAAGAAUUAAAACAGAGAGGAAUAGAUGGUCUAGGUCAAGAAAGACAUUAUGUGCAAUUACCAACAGAAAAGGCUCACCAGUUUCAUGAUGAAGGAUCGGUUGGUUCCCUAUUAACAACAGCACCUAGUAAAACUGUUGAUACUUUCCCUGAAGAAGAAGAAGAAAUACCCCAAUCAGGCUUGUCAGAUUCUAAUAUUCAUCCUAAAUUAGCUAUUAAAAUACGAGAACUAGUAGCUGCAGGAGAGACUGGUGUGUAUACAAUUAGAAAACAACUCCGAUGUUAUGUAACGAAAGAUAUGUAUCCUGGUACAGAUAUGCCAGAAAGACAUGACUGGACAUUAUUUCCUACUGUUAAUAACAUCAAAAACCACAUACAUCAAGCUCUUAAAGACAUUGAAAAUGGGACACUGGCUCUCACUGCCACUACUGUAAAUGUAGAGAUUAUAACAAAUACAGAAGCUAGCGCUUUACCACCACCUAAUUCGGAUACACUUGGUGCUGGAGAACCAAUUGUCUGGCCUAGAGUUAGUGGUACACCUAUACCAGAAACUGUAACUGUUACAUUAACACAAAAUGCAGGAGAUGAUGGUCACCAUGUUAUAUCAAGAAUAGAAACACAUUUAAGUGAUGGUACAACUCAUGUUAGUAACACUAUUACACCAGAAACUGCUCAAUUAUUAUCACGUUUACAUCCGGGAAUGUUUCCUGCUGGAAGUCUUUUACAAAAUGGUGAUUUAGUGGUGGGUAGUACAAUGAGUAAUACAAUGGUUGAAGAUACAGAUCAUACUGUUAUGGAUACAUCUCAUGUAGAAUCUGCUCUAGGUUCUACAGAACCACCACUACAUAUAGUAGAUGAAACCUGUUCACAUAUAAUGGAAGAAGAUGAGCCAUUACAAUCAAAAACAGAUGAUUUAAAUGAUACCUCAAUGGUAAUAGGAACUUAUGACUGUACAUGUGAUAGUACUAUGGAUCCUCUAGAAUCAGCUGCUAAUCUGUGACCAUAAUCAGUACUUCUGUUGCUGAAACAAGGGUUUUAUUAAAUGUCUCUUCUUAGCUCAUUUCAAUACAUUAUGUUCUCUUUCUAGUGAACAAGUCAUGUGAUUUUUUAUACGCCUACUCUUAAAGUGGAUUUAUAUUUUUGUCACCGGUCUGUGCAUUUACAAAAUUUCAUUUAAAUGUCUCUUUGUUAAGGUUGCAAAUUGAUUUUACAUAGUUAUUGCCCUAGUGUAUGAGGUUAGUAGGGACUUGCUGAGAUUAUUCCACAUGUCGUAAAGAGAAGUUUUAAAAUUCAUUGUGGCUUAAUCAUUUAAAGCAGUCAGCAGAGUUAUUGCCCUGAUCACCGAAACCAGGUAAUCUAUUCAAGUUUAUAUUAGGUUAUCUAUACAUCACAACAGGACAUUUUUUUGUCUUUGUUCAAACAGCUGUUGGCGAGCAUAUAUUCAGUGCCCAUUUUUAAGAUCAAAUCCUUAUAGCAUUACAAUGACCUUAUUAACUGAGAAAUAGAAUUUGAUGAGAAGAAUUAAAUAAAAAUUAGAUCCAAAUAAAAACACCCUGCUAUUUGUAACAUUGUUAUUGUCCCCCGCCUUUCGAAGAAGCCCUGACAAAGACAGCUGCCUAGUCCUUCGGAUGAGACGAAAAACCGAGGUCCCGUGUAUACAUUGGAAUGCACAUGAAAGAUCUCUUGGCAGUUGGAUUUUGAUAUAAGAGUAGGCGAUAGUGCCGCUGCCCGGGCAAAAUUUCCCUCAUAGCACACUGUAUGGCGUAUGCCCGUCUUCAUUAGCCCAGUAUAGAAGCAGAACAGUAGGACGUUAAACCCAUUUCAUUUCAUUUUGUUUCAAAGAAAGCAGGGGACUAUUCAAAUGGGUUCGUCCGUCUGUCUGUCUGUCUUGUCCGUCAGUCUGUCCAUCACACUUUUUGGGACACAAUACUCUCUUCGAAGAUGAGAAUUUUUGGCUUAGGGUAAGCAGAGAUAAGCAAUUUGAUUGGUUGAUAUACAUGAGACACAAUAACUUUAAUUAAGUUAGAAUGAGGACACUUGGAGUAUAGCUUUAUUACAUCAAUACCUUGACUUUAAAGUUUGAUUAUGAAUAUUUUCUGCUGAGGUUAAGCAGAGCGAUAAGCAAUUUGAUUGGUCAAGACAUUGGAACACAAUAACUCUCCUUCUAAUUGAGGUAGAAUGUUUAAACUUGGUGUAGGCGUUCAUUAGGUGAAUGCCUUGGUGGAGUUCUAUGAUGAAGAUUAUCUGCUUACGGUAAGCAGAAAUAAGCAAUCUGAUUGGUUGAUGCUUUGAGGCACGAUAACUUUGUUUAUAAUGAAGUGAGAGCGAUGGUACUCAGAAUAUAGAUUCAUUAUAUCAUUACCUUGACUAAUUUCGAUGGUGAGAAUUUUCUGCUUAGGCUAAUGAGCGAUAAGCAAUUUAAUUGGUCAAGACUUUGGAACAUAACAACUCUUUUAAUUGAGGUAGAAUGUUUAGACUUGAUGUAGAUGUUCAUUAGGUGAAUGUCUUGACUGAUUUCAAUGAUUAACAUUUCAAGCUAAAGCUAAGCCGAGCUAAUCAAUUUCAUUGGUUGAUGCUUUGGGACAAGAUAAUCUUGAUUCUAUCUGAUAGAGAGGGAUGAAACUUAGUGUAUAAUUUGAUUGCUUGAUACUUUCGAAAAAAAUAUUAUAAAUGUGCGAUUAAUUAAUAUGUGUCAACUAUUUAUUUUGGGAUUUCAGCAGGGGACAUCAGCCUCACUGUUGGCUUGUUAAAUAUUUUAUUCGGUUUUAUCAAAUGUAAAUGGUGACCUAAUUAAGUUGGUUUUUUGUCCCCGCCUUUCGAAGAAAGCAGGGGACUAUUAAAGUGGGUUUGUCCGUCCCUCUUUCUGUCUGUCUUUCCGCCCAUUGUGUUUCCGCUCGUCUGUCUGUCCGUCACACUUUUUGGGACACAAUACCUCUCCUUCUAAUUGAGCUAGAAUUUUCAAACUUGGUGUAGGUGUUUAUUAGGUCAAUACCUUGAUGGAGUUCGAAGAUGAGCAUUUUCUGCUUAGGGUAAGCAGAGAUAAGCAAUUUGAUUGGUUGAUGCUUUUGGACACGAUAACUUUAGUUCUAAUUAUGUGAGAGUGAUGAAACUUGGUGUAUAGUUUCAUUACAUCAAUACCAUGACUAAGUUCGAUAAUGACCAUUUUCUGCUCAGGGUAAGCAGAGCGAUAAGCAAUUUGAUUAGUCGAGACUUUGGAACACAAUAACUCUCAUUUUAAUUGAGUUAGAAUGUUCACACUUGGCGUAGGUGUUUAAUAGGUGAAUGCCUUGAUUGAGUUCAGAGUUAGAAGAUAAGAAUUUUCUGCUUAGGGUAAGCAGAGAUGAGCAAUUUGAUUGGUUGAUGCUUUGGGACACGAUAACUUUAGUUCUAAUUAAGUGAGAGUGAAGACACUUGGUGUAUAGUUUUAUCACAUCAUUACCUUGAUUAAGUUCCAUAAUAAGCAUUUUCUGCUUAGGGUAAGCAGAGCGAUAAGCAAUUUGAUUGGUCGAGACUUUGGAACACAAUAACUCUCCUUCUAAUUGAGGUCGAAUGUUUAAACUUGGUGUAGGUGUUUAUUAGGUGAAUGCCUUGAUUGAGUUCAGUGUUAGAAGAUAAGAAUUUUCUGCUUAGGGUAAGCAGAGAUAAGCAAUUUGAUUGGUUGAUGCUUUGGGACACGAUAACUUUAGUUCUAAUUCAGUGAGAGUGAGGACACUUGGUGUAUAGCUUUAUCACAUCAAUACCUUGACUAAGUUCGAUAAUGAACAUUUUUUGAGACUUUGGAACACAAUAACUCUCCUUCUAGUUGAGGGGGAAUGUUCAAACUUGGUGUAGGCGUUCUUUAGAUGAAUGCCUUGAUGGAGUUCGAUGAUAAACAUUGUCUGCUUAUGGUAAGCAGAGAUAAGCAAUCUGAUUGGUUGAUGCUUUGGGGCCAAUAACUUUAGUUUUAAUUAAGUGAGAGUGAUGAAAUUCCGAGUAUAGAUUCAUCAUAUCAUUACUUUGACUAUAUCUGAUGAUGAAAAUUUUUUACUUAGGCUAAGGAUCGAUAAGCAAUUUGAUUAGUCAAGACUUUGGAACAUAACAACUCUGCUUUUAAAUGAGGUAGAAUGUUUUUAAACUUGAUGUUGAUGUUCAUUAAGUGAAUGUCUUGACUGAUUUCAAUGAUUAACAUUUCAAGCUGAAGCUAAGCAGAGCUAAUCAAUUUCAUUCAUCGAUGCUUUGGGACAAGUUAAUCUUGAUUCUAUCUGAUAGAGAGUGAUGAAACUUAGUGUGUAGUUAGAUUGCUCGAUACUUUUGAAAAAAAUAAAUGUGCGAUUAAUUAAUAUGUGUCAUCUAUUUAUUUUGGGAUUUCGGCGGGGGACAUCAGCCUCACUGUUGGCUUGUUACAAGUUGAUUACCCUCUAAAGAUCAUAAUAUCCUCAGUUUAUCAACCAAGCUUGUUGUCAGUUGAUGAACUGUUGAGUAAAUUUUAUCAAACUGUCACAAAUAUGUCUUUCAUAUAUUAUUAUUAUUAUUUAUGUAUGUUAACUGCUCAAAAUAUAAAAAAUGUAAAUAGUAUUUCUACAAGUGACUCACUAUUUCUAAAAUAAUUUGAAGCAUUCUUUUUGUCCUAGUGUAAAUGUUUUUGUCAUCCUUUUAACAUUGUUGUCUAAUACAUUUAGGAAGUGACUUCUUUUUCAUUUUUCACCCAAAUUUUCUGUUUAUCAAAAUUUGAGUACUGGUAUUUGUUUAAGAUAAUCUUGUCACACUAACAAUUUUAAUGUUGUCAAGUGUAAUUGUUUAUGAGCAUAAUGAUGUAUGCUUUAAAUACUUGAAAACAAUGAGUUGAAUGUUGUUGUGAUAGAUAAGGUUCAGUAAUUUAAGAAGGUGUUAGUAAAGAACGAAAUCUUAGCAGAUUGUAUGUAAUGUAAGUUAAGAUAAUAUAUUAUAUUGUUUAAAUGUGAUAUUGUUUUCAUGGUAUAUUUUAAUGCUUAUUGUUAUUAAUAUAAUGUGAAGCUGUUAAGCUUACAAAAUAAAAACAUUAAAAUACUC